GUCCUCCACCGCGCUUUGAGGAAUACGCACAUUUUGCGAACGAUUAAAGAUCAGUAGCUGAUAUCGACUGUUGCCUGAGAUAAUCAAGGAACAGAGUCUUUCAGUCAGUUUUAUAAUCGAGAGAAGAAGAAAAUAUUGCAACGAACGUAACAUUUUCGUAAGAAUAUACUUUGGUUGAGCAUCGACGUCGGAUCGUCGAAAUGUCUGUGAACGAGAAAUUGCUGGACGUUUGAUUCGUGUGUUGUCAAUUAUUCAAUUUGGGGGUUAAAACCCGAAGAGGAGAGAAACUUAUUGGAGCUUACGCAGGUUCAAGGGUCAAAGGAAAAUGCCGCCAAUACGAAGUUUCCUGUCCACGUGGAUCAUCCUGACCUGUGUCGUCUGCUACUCCAAUUGUGAGAAUGUUGGUUCGUCCUUCGAGAACAAGACUGGAUACAAUCAGGAAAGCAGAGCCAGGAUAUUCUCGCCGAGAAUGGACUACGACGAGUGGACGCCUCUGGGACGUGGGGAUCCUUUGAAAAAUGAUCCCACAUUCGAUUACGUUCCGCCCGUAUUGGACAGGGUGCAAUAUUGGCUUGAUUCGCACACGACCGAACCUUCGGCGAAGCGCGAUAUUCUCGUGCUCGGUGUUACGGCUAAGAAAACCAGUCCCAAGAUACCCGAACAAUUUCUCAAGUUCGUCGACGGUCCGAAGUUCACAAGGAAUCAGGAUCAGUAUCGGACCGAGCCGGUAUUACAUAGGACCGAUUUUACCGGAAGUUCCGGAGCUGAACCGCCUAAGCUCGUGAGAACUUCGAACUUCAAGAACGGAGUGAUUGACUACAGGAAUCAAAAUAGAAUUCAAAAUGUACCGGCGAGCUACUACCCUAGUCCGUUUUAUGGACAGAAACCUAAACCUUACACCAUGAUGCUACCGCCGCCGUUGAUACGGAAACCACUGGAGCAGACGAACUUCUCGCAAAAGGGCAAGGUCACGUUUGGGGAUCAACAGUUCAGCACGCAAACGGAGGAAGGACCGAUUUUACAAUUGGAAUCCCAGAUUUACAGUUUGCCACCGAAGAAUACCUACUCUCAGCCUCUUCCCGCGCCAAGACCUUCCUCGAAGCCGCCGAAGAGCGUCGUGUCUCAAAUAGAGACUAUCAAGAGCGUCUACACGCCACCAGCGCAAAAUCAAAAACCAAAAUUUGACCAAACAACGCCGUCGGUCUCCUUUGAAAAAUCUAAUCUGAUUUACCAGUCUACGCAAACGCUAUCCGGUGGCUGGUUAGCGAGCAGUGGACCAUCAUCCUCAUCAGUGUCCUCUGUGUCCUCGGAACCCAGUAGCCAGGUCACCUGGCAGACUCCAGCCAAUCUGCGCGAUCACUUUGAUAACAUGGACCAUCACGUAGCAGCUUCGUCAAGUCACGAGGUCGUCGUUGGUCAGAAUGCAAAUAUCAUUGUGGAUGGUGACAGUAAUGAUAACGAGGAAGUGGUGAUCGGUCAGAAGGAAGUUGCGCCGGAGGGUCCAUCAUCUACAGGAUCGGUAGUCCAGCCGUCUGUAACGACAGUACAGAAAGAGGAGAACGCUGGUGAGAUAGUUAUGGGUCAGCCAUCCGGGUCAAAGAUGCAUAUAGUGAUGGCUAAUACACCGUCCUUGGAAGUGGAGAAUCAGAAGACAAAAAGUCCCAUAGCUGUGGUGAUGCCUACCAAUUACAUGGACAAGCUGAACGUGACUAUAGGGGAUGGACCAAAACCUUCUCCAGCGACACCCAACAAUUUUGGGAACGCGAUGACCUCUGAGAUGAAGCAGACGCUGCUGACGUCGAAUCCAGCACCCUCCAGGAACUCAUUACCCAGUCCUCCGAUGCCACCGCGUCACGAGGAGCAUCAUCCAUACCUAGGUCGACCUAUGCCCCCGCAGAUGGCUAUGCACCAACCCUCAAUGCAUCAUACAGCCUUUCCCAUGGGUCUACCACAGCAAAUGAUGCAACAACGCCCAUCUAACAGCAUAAUGCAGUACCUACCUAGCAUGCCGAAUAUGAUGCACCCUAUGGAGUCCCAUAUACCGUACAGGUCACCAUCUAUGCCCCACGCACAACCUCCAAUGACGCAUAUGCAUGGUCCACCAGCUAAACCCAUGAUGAGGCUACCAGCCAUGGAAGAACUUCAUCAUCAGAAGUUUUCCCAAGUUCCCAUCACUUUUACGAACCCACCAAUUUUCCAAAGCUCCACGAACAAGCAUGUCUCCAGACCGGACAACCCUGCACAGACGAUGAUGUUGUCUCAGUCACCAAUCCUGCCGACGGUGCCGCCUCAGAAUCCUGAAACGGUCACCCCAGGUCUAGAGGCUGUCACGGACUAUAUAAAGAACGAAUCACCCCUGGCUAUGAUUUUGAAUAACGAAACACGUAAACUACACCAAACGCCUUCUACGGCAACGUCAAUAGUCUUUUCGUCAUCUUUACCGUCCUCAUCACCUACGCCAGCACCUUCGCCACCACCUCCGACAACAACUGUACCAAGUCUAACAACCGAUCCUAUAUUUUCACAUUAUAAACAGCCAGCCAAACCUAUUCGGGGACCAAUGUACCUUAUAAUUCAAGGCCAUUCAAAAGUUAAAACCUACAAGCCAUCAGUGAAUAAGCACGGGGUGCCUGUGGAGAACAACGAGAUCCAGGAAAGCACUACCGAGCGUCUAUCCAAGCUGGAACAGCUGAUAAACGAGAACACCAAGGGCUCUGGCGGCGAGAGAGUCACGUCUAAAAUGAGAAUUGAGAAACCACCUGGGCAACGAUUAGGCCAAGAGAGUCUCUUGAGUCUCGUAGAGAGUGGUUUUAGUGCAUUCACUGUACCGCCGCCUCCUGCAACGGAGGAGGAACGCGAGACCAACUCCGUGACUACCAUAGAGAUCAAUAAUUAGGCCAAUGACCUUUAACCCCUUCGUAUCUUAAGGGGUGCGUCUCCAUUAGGAAGACAAUCAUCGUCGUAGAGUGAUUACGUGAUUCCAGGCUUUAGAGAGGCUUACACCUUUGCUUAAUUCUUCGUUAAUCGUCGAAGAAUGUCAUAUAGCUCGCAAGAAUCCUUUUUUUACUUAUUUCUAUAUUUUUUUUUUUUCAUUGUGCCAGUAUGGGGUGGGAUGCGAUGCGCUUGAUGGGUUCAUCCCUUAGGCGAUGCCCUUGUGUAUUAAUUAGGAUUAAAAUAGUUUGCAAUUAAUAUGAAUUAGGUGCUAGGUAAAAGUCGUUAUCUAGAUUAGAGAAACAAAAGUUGCUAUGCAAAAGUGCAGUGGACGAUAAACUUUUCGAGAGAUUGAUAAACGCUUCGUACGUACGUGUCGAUAAUAUUUAUUAUUAUUGUAUUUAUUUAUUAUUUAUUGUUAGACGCGUUUCGCGUGAUCCUCGUAUUAAAUCGUGUCACGUUAAUGAGUUCUAGAUUAGAAUUCGAUGUAUCAAUUAACUCCUAGUCUUACUUAUACCAGUUACCAAACAUAUCGUGUACGUACUAACAAAACUGUAUCGCACCCCUAUACCUAUAAUUUAUAUUAUAUAGGUAAAUAUAUGAAUAUGCUAUGUAGUUAUGUUGUGUAUAUCUAAACAUAAAUUAUAUAUAUUAGACUUAUUAUAUCGACAUGUUAUCAUUACAUUAUGUAUCGACUUAAGCCAUACCGAUUUCUCUGUAGUCGCGUCAUCUUUUUUUUUUUUUUACUUUUUUUAAUCCUACGUUAGGACGAUCCAAAUUUUAUACGUAUAUGGACGUACAUAUGUACUCUAAAGCGUGUUACGUUUAUGUAUGAUAUUUGUACCUGACGGUCAUGUUCUGUUGAUUAUUACAUUUAUUAAAUUAAUAAAAUAUCAUAUUAUACCUUA